AUGGCAUCCGCUCUCAACUCGCACCUUACGCCACUCGGCUACGACAUAGUCGUAGCCACGACACAGGGCGCCCUCAAUGCCACCAUGCUUGAGUAUAUCUCGGAGUCAGAAGACCUGCCAGACGCAGCGAAGCAACAGCGAGGCGUGGCCAAAUGCUGGAUCUACAAGAAGAACACGACAACGAAGAAGCUGGAGUCCGUCCCUAUAGAAUUGAAGGACCUGAUUGCCCUUACACCCGGGAUCAAUCCCUUUGAGAUCGACGCCAACGCUGAUCCGGACUCGGAUGUUGGAUUACAAAGGCUGCGCUUCGCUGGCUUCCAUUGCGCUUAUGUAAGUGUUGCUGCUAUGGCCCGGUAAGGUGUCGACUAACGUGUAUACUCUCAGAUGAUCAAGCCGGGCCUUCCUCCCGGUAUUGAUGCUCGAAGCAUGCCAAACGUGAUCGAGAUCGGCAAUGACUCUUCUUUUGUCACCUACAAUAUGCUCUGUUCUGAGGUCAAAGUCUGCCUAAUGGAGUAUAUGGGCAUGGACUGCAGCUGGUCUGUCUUCGAGCAGCCGACUGGAACAUCCUGGGGAUUCCAGUGCCAGGUCGACCUUCGCAUGUCCAAGGACGACAGUAAUUCGCAUUUUGCACAACUCCCACCGGAAAUCCAGAAGCAGAUCCUGGCUGACUUUGGGAGCGAGGACUCAUUCAGCGUGCAACGCCUCCUUUUCGACCUCGACAAUGCUGGACUAGAAGUUGGCCCAGCCAUGAAAAUAUUCGCUGGCGAUGCGAACGUCGACCCCAUAGCUCAGGGUCUCAUCAAUGGGAGCUUCUUGAAUAGCUACUUCGCCGACAUGAAGCAACGUGGCCAGCCGCUGCUACACGUCGCAGUUGUCUCCCAUGAACCCGAUGAGUCCCAAUUUCGUGUACGUGUUUACCUUCUCCCCCUGACGGCAGAGAAACAUACCUCCAGAAUCUAUUGCGACACGAUCUUGAAUUCAUAUGCUAAUUCAUCUUCCCAGGCAACGGAUAUGGCCGUAGAAGCUUGCCAACUUAUCGACGAAAGGACCGGCCACCCCCUUACUGGCUUAACAAAGGAUCAACAAAAUCUCUCAACCCUCAACUACCUCUGCAUGUCCAACAACAACAAAAUACCGCAAGUGCAACGCCCUGGUUGGAACUGGAUGAACCAAGCAGAAAGCCAUCAGUUCGAUGGUGUAAUCUCGUUCCAACGCAACACCUUCGCAAGCUAUCUGCGCAACAAACUCCAAGAUCAAGUCAAGAAGAACUGCUACAUCGCCUCUUCCAAAGUUGUCCUCGACAGCGGUUCAAUCCCACAGUACUACUGCGGUUUCAAAAACAUCGGAACCGGCGCCAUCACCAACCCCAGCAACCGAGGCGACAUCAAAGACUGGUUGAACACACAAAACGGCCUCCCAACCUUCACGCUCCACGAGCCCUCUACAACUUCCGACCUCGUGAUGGAAUGGAACUGGAAGCAAACCCCCGCCAGCAACGAUACCGCCGGCUCCCCUGUCACACUCGGCUCCAUGACGCUACAGCCCUCCUACAGCUGCCAAGUACACUUCCGCUCCAACCAAAUCGUCAUCACCCAAAACUUGACAAUCUCGCUCGACUUAAUGAAAGAACAAGACAGCCACUCAGGCAACAUCGUCGACUGGACCCUGACCGACACGUACACCCUCAAAGUCGACGCAAAGGGCAAACUCAUCACCGACCUCCCCGAAAUGCUCCAGAAAGGUCACCGGAUUGACAAUUCCCAGACACUGGGUACGAAUAGCUUUAUGAAUUUCUUCAACAGUGUGGAUGACGUGAUUGAAAAUAUCAAAAACUCUACGGCAUUUGUGAAUACGGAAUUCAAAGACUUCCCUAUCGAUGUGGCGCAGAAGUUCCAGUUUCCGGGGGGCAAGACGUUUGCGUUUCGGUCGUUUCAGUUUUCCAAGUGGCAGGAUUUGACGGCGGCCAUCACGUAUUUAGACCCCGUGGCAGCACCGAAGAAUUAA